GUGGCGUUAAUCGAUUUGUCGAUAGUUAUUGCCAUUUCGUCAGCUGGCAACGCUGCUUUUUUAGGGCGAAAAAAACACGUAAAAUAUAAACAAAUGAAAAUUAACCACAAAUAUGAGUUCGACGACGAUGUGGCCUCCAUUUGCGAGUCAACGGCCGCCCUUACCGAGGGAUGUCGCUUGCCCGUCAGAAUGCACAAAACGGACGAUUGGCCGCUGGCGGAGAUUGUGAGCAUCAAAGAGUUGGACGGGCGCCGGCAGUUUUACGUGCACUAUGUGGAUUUCAACAAACGCUUGGACGAAUGGGUCAACGAAGAGGAUCUGUACACACGAAAAGUGCAAUUUCCGCGGCGGGACGGCUCCCAAACGGGCACUAGCACCGGAGUGACGACGCCCCAGCGCCACCAUUCCUUAGCGGGCAGCGUUUCCCGGCCUACAUCGCCACAACAUCCUGGUUCCGGUACUCCGGCAGCCAUCCCCGUGACUCCCACUGGUGCAUCAGGCAGUGUUCCUCCCCCUGCAGGUAUUCCCAGCUCUGUAGUUCCUCCCGGGACACCCAGCAGUGGGGGAGAGCUUGUGAAUGGCAACAAUCUGGCCGCAGCUCUUCAAAAGCGCAUCAAUCGCAAACGAAAAGUCCACGGAGGCUCGGCCCAUGGACACCACAGCCUGCCGAAUCAACAGCAGCAGUCACAUCCGCAUCCUACAACUCCACAGACACCCACGGCUACGCCCGUGCAUGUGACCGGAGACGGUUUGAUAAGCGGUGCGGCCAAUGAGGAUGGUGAUGGAUCGCAGGAUGGCAAGACGCCCACGCCGAGGCAAUCGGGCAGCAUGGUUACGCACCAGGACGACGUGGUAACCCGCAUGAAAAACGUGGAGAUGAUUGAACUGGGCAGGCAUCGCAUUAAGCCCUGGUAUUUCUCACCCUAUCCGCAAGAGCUGUGUCAAAUGUCCUGCAUCUACAUUUGCGAGUUCUGCCUGAAGUACAGAAAGAGCAGGAAAUGCCUGGAGAGGCACCUGUCUAAGUGCAAUCUUAGGCAUCCGCCGGGGAACGAGAUCUACCGCAAACACACAAUUUCCUUCUUUGAAAUCGACGGCCGCAAAAAUAAGGUGUAUGCCCAGAACUUGUGCCUGCUUGCCAAACUCUUUCUCGACCACAAGACUCUGUACUAUGAUACAGAUCCGUUUCUCUUCUACGUAAUGACCGAGUUUGACUCGCGCGGCUUCCACAUAGUAGGUUACUUUUCCAAGGAGAAGGAGAGUACCGAGGAUUACAACGUGGCCUGCAUUCUCACAAUGCCUCCCUAUCAGCGCAAGGGCUACGGCAAACUGCUCAUUGAGUUCAGCUACGAGUUGUCCAAAUUUGAGGGCAAGACGGGAUCGCCGGAGAAACCAUUGUCUGAUCUGGGUUUGCUGUCGUAUCGAUCGUACUGGGCGCAAACCAUACUGGAGAUCUUUAUCAGCCAAAACCCGAGCACGGACGGCGAGAAGCCCACCAUAACAAUAAACGACAUCUGCGAAUGCACAUCCAUCAAAAAAGAGGAUGUGAUCUCAACGCUGCAGAACCUAAACCUGAUCAACUACUACAAGGGCCAGUACAUCGUGUGCAUCAACCGGGAUACCAUCGAGCAGCACCGGCGCGCAAUGGACAAGCGCAAGAUCCGCAUCGACUCAAAAUGCCUGCACUGGACGCCAAAAGACUGGUCCAAGCGCUCCAAAUGAUUGCCGCUACCAAUGGUCUUCUCCGGAUGGACAUGUCACCGUUGUAGCUCAUAGUUGUAAUUCGCAAGUCUCCGUUUUUAUUGUUAUAAACUAGUUUAUAUCCCAAAACCAUAUAUACUUUUGAGACGAC